AUGGGUGAUAAGGAGGCGGGGUUUCGGAGAGCUACCAUUUUUGAUAGGUCGAGCGGGCCGUCACGGACGGCGGGGGAGGGGGGAAAUGUCGGGAGUGGCGGGCGCUGGGGUGGGAAGAGGAGGAGGAACGAGGGAGGGCUGCGCUCACGGGUGGAGUUGCGUAACGGGGGCUCCGGGCUGGAGGAGUGGACGCCGCUGAGGAAGGCGCCAUGUCCCACCGGCGGGGAGCAGCAGGCACGCUCGCACCCCCCCCCCCCCCCCCCCCCCCACUCCGCCCUCUCUCGGGCAUGGUGCUCUUGGCACAAGCGGAAUAUAAAAGCUUCCCACACCAGGGACGGGGCUCAACGGGCUGCGAAGGAGAUGCUUGGGCCGCGGGUAACGCUCGCACGGAAGGGCGGGGGCGGCCCCCUUCGUUGGUUUCGCCCACGCUUCCCCCCGGGAGCGCGUGACAGGUGGAGCGGCCCCUGCCGGCGCGCGCGCGCCCCCGCGGCUGUCACGUGUGGCGGGCCGCCGCGCGCGCCUCGCGCGAGACGCACGCAAGUCUCGCGAUGCCGGGAGGGCGUGAGGGCGGGGAGCGCCCGGCCCGGCCCGGCCGGAGCGGUGGGAAAGGCGCGAAGGAUGGAAAUGGCAACGCCUGGGAAUUCGGGCUUCUGGGCACGCCUCGCGUCCCUCUGCCGCCUGUUCCUGUGCCUCCACACCGUCCUUGGGCUCCUCCAUCCUUCCCGGCUCAACAAGGAAUCCAAGGGACCAGGUUUCUCUUUAUAGUACCACACAGCCAACAGGCCUUACGGUUUUUUUAAGUGGGUCCUCGCAUGUUUUCUGGUCCUGAUGGUACAGAGACGCUGGCAGGAAUGGAGACCUGGUCAAGGCAAAAUCUUAAAUAGUGCAAAUGAAGAGUCAGUAGUGUGCUCUUAAAAUUAGACUCUUGCAAUGUAACUUUGCUUCUUGAUACAAAUGCAGGAAGAACAAACAAAAAAGCAUCUGGGUUUCAUGUUGCAUUUCUUCAUAAGAGUCAGCAGCCAGUUUGUUGAGAGUAUUGGUAUAAGAGACAGGCAUUUGUGUUUAAAGGGCUUGCAAGUUUGGAAUCCAGGUAAAACCCAAGUUGUUUUUGGUUCUGGGAAUGGGCCAUAGUCUGUUAAUUGUGGCAACACUAUGAUCAAACAUCUGUGUUCAUCUGUAUUGUCCAUGGCUUCUAUGUAGUGGAUUUUCUCAGCAGAGUUUCCUCGGGUGCCAAGAGCCUGACUGGUUGGGAAUAUGCCAUAAAUAUGGAAUUUAAAUGUAGAUUGUUUCUGUGGAUCUCAACUCUGAGGUGUAAAGUUUCCACUUCGCAGUAUCCUGAGUAUAAAUCAGCAGAAAGGAGAGUAGACACAAUCAUUUCUUAGUGGAAGAAAGGGAUUGCUUAACAACAGAGCAAAUCAGGAGACUGUAGAAGCAGAUUCCUAGUACAGCUGAAACUCGUGUGCACCUGAAGUCACUACAGCUGAGUUUCUUCUCUAGUACUGUAAGUGCCACUCUUAACCCCCUAUAAUCUGCCUGAAUUGCUGGGAUUGAAUUUCUAGAUGCCCUUAUUUAUUUGUUUGUUUGCUGACACUUCCGAGUCAGGUAGCAAAUUUGAAGGAGCAGUAGAUCAGUCCCUGUUGGAUACUAUUGAAAUCUCAUGGUCUUCUGUAGUCCAGGCAUACUUUGUAGUCACCUGCAGCAAGAUCCAUCCCUGGGAAAACUGGUUAUUGAGGCUGGAUGUUGGUUCUAACUGGUUUGGUUUUCGUUCCUGUUUUUUGAAGUUCUGGGCUAGCCUUGACCAGCUAAGCAAAUGAGGCCGGUGCUCAUCUCCUUACCCAAGGGUCUGAAGAAGCUCAGGAGCCACAUGUGUGUUACUGUACAGCUUCUGAUAACUCUACUGUUAUCAGUACUGUUACUGAUGCUGCUGUUUAAGAAAGGACUUUGAGGUGUGGACUCAACAUUGUGCUCCCAAUAACUCAGGAGAUGUCUGACUAUGAGGCAAAUCCUUCUGCAGUGGAGCAGGCAAAAUGUGAUGAGACAAUCUUGGGUUCAUGUGACAAACCUGCACUUAUUGAAAGACAGUAACAAACAAAGCAGGCUGACCAACAGAGCCCACAGGAUGCCAUUUUGUGUCCUACAACAUGUAUAUCUAAUGCUGAAAUUGUUACCAUCUUGCCAAACUUUAGUCAACCUGCCUGAAAUACGUGGCUAUUUGGCAUAUAAGGGAAAGCAGCAUAAACUAGUAAAAUCUGGUAGUAGGUCAGUUAGGGAGAAAGCAGUUUCAUUAACACUUUUCUUUCUCUGCAUUUGUUUUCCUUACUGUUGUUUUCUUUCACUUCAAGGUAAAAGAAGAGCCUAAAUUUCUAAACUGCUUUCUUGAUAUUUGGAACAAAAACUCCUGUGGUGCUUCAUUUUUGUAUUUUAGUAGUGGCUUUUCUAUUGCCCGAGAGUUUGUAGUAAAAUGACCUGCAAUUUACAUGUUCCUUGUACUACCCACAUUAAAGUUCUGAUGGCUGUUG